AUGCCGCCAAAACGCAAGGCCGCCGCCGCCUCGGCUUCUCGCCCGUCCAAGCGCGUGGCGUCAGGUGUGAACACUCCCGUCAGCAUGGGCAGUAGCGACGACGAGUACAUGUCCGAGGACCCAGACGACUACACGCCACAGAACGACGACUACGAAGAAACCGUCAAGAAAUUCCAGCCCUCCUCAUACCGCAGCAAAAACGUGAAACCUCAAGAGGCAGAUCAAGCAACUCGUCUCUUUCGCGCCGACAAAGACCACUCCGCCCUCGAGCUGAAGCCUGACCACGCUGUGCGCCCGCUCUGGCUCGACCCCGAAAAGGGAAGAAUCGUCGUCGAAACCUUCUCUCCUUCCUUCAAACAAGCUCAAAACUUCUUGAUCAACAUCGCCGAACCCCAAUCUAGAACUACAAACGUUCACGAGUACACCAUCACCGGUCACAGCCUGUUCGCCGCCGUCUCGGUCGGUCUCACAACAGACGACAUCAUCCGUCAACUCGAGGUCUUCUCAAAAAUAAAAUUGCCCGAUGGCUUGAAAGAAUUCAUCUACACCUCGACCCAGUCGUACGGAAAAAUCAGGCUGGUCCUCAAGCACAACAGAUACUACAUAGAAAGUCAGGAUGCUUCUGUCCUGCAGAUGCUUUUGCGCGAUCCGGUCGUCGGCCCAGCCAGGAUUCACGAGACAGACGAGCUGAUUCAAGAGAAAGCGCCUCAACUAGGAGGCUUGGUCAUUCCUGGAACAAAAGACGCGGCUGGUGUCAAGCAAGCUGAAGCCCAAGCACAAAGGAAGGCUGCCAAGAAGGACGAUGAUGACGAUGACGAGGAUGAUGACAACAGGAAAGAUGAAGCAGAACAAGACAUGACGGCCUACCUGAGAGAUGAGGACGACGAUGAUGAAGGUGAUGAAGUUCAUUCUUUCGAGAUUGAUGGUGAGAAAAUUCAAGCAGUCCAGCAACAAUGCAAUGUCACUCUGGGAUUACCACUCACGAACGAGUACGACUUCCGGAAUGACGACAUCAACGCCAACCUGGACAUUGAUUUACGGCCUAUGGCUCAGAUCAGAUACUACCAAGAACAUGCUCUCAGUAAGAUGUUCGGUAACGGUCGUGCCAGAAGUGGAAUCAUUGUCCUGCCGUGUGGUGCUGGCAAGACUCUGGUCGGCAUCACUGCUGCCUGUACUGUCAAAAAGUCUGCUAUUGUGUUAUGCACUUCAGCCAUGAGUGCUUACCAAUGGAAGAACGAGUUCUUGAAGUGGUCUAACAUCAGCUCGGACGAUAUUGCUAUCUUUACCUCUGGCGAGAAGGAGAAACUCAACCAACGAGCAGGUAUCAUCGUAUGCACCUACAGUAUGGUCACCCAGAAUACUCGUAGAGCCCACGACAGUCAGCAAGUCAUGGACUUUAUCCAAAACAGAGAAUGGGGUCUGAUGGUACUCGAUGAGGUUCACGUUGUGCCUGCCGAAAUGUUUAGACGUGUAACAUCAAAGAUUAGAUCACACUCGAAACUCGGAUUAACUGCUACAUUGCUACGAGAGGAUGACAAAAUCAAGGACCUGAACUUCCUUAUCGGUCCCAAACUCUACGAAGCAAACUGGCUUCAACUGUCAGAAGAGGGCCACAUUGCUCGUGUCCAAUGCGCUGAAGUCUGGUGUCCCAUGACAACAGAGUUCUACGGAGAGUAUCUCAAGGCUCGCACCACCAACAAGCGUUCUCUACUUUCCACCAUGAACCCCAGAAAGUUCCAGGCCUGUCAAUUCUUGAUUGACUACCACGAGAAAAGAGGCGACAAAAUCAUCGUCUUUUCUGAUAACGUAUACGCUCUUGAGAAAUACGCCAAGCGACUCAAGAAGCCAUACAUUUACGGAGACACACCUCAAAGAGAGCGUGAGCUGGUUUUGCAGAACUUCCAGCAGAACGAAGCAGUGCGAACAAUCUUCCUGUCCAAGAUUGGAGACACCAGUCUGGAUUUGCCUGAGGCAACUUGCUUGAUUCAAGUGUCCAGUCAUUACGGUUCUCGUCGUCAGGAAGCUCAACGAUUGGGUCGUAUUCUUCGUGCCAAGCGCAGAAACGACGAAGGCUUCAACGCCUUUUUCUACUCCCUCGUCUCAAAAGACACCAACGAAAUGUACUACUCCUCCAAACGCCAAGCUUUCCUCGUCGACCAAGGCUACUCCUUCAAAGUAAUCACCCAUCUCACCGGCAUCGACAAAGUCGAAGGUCUGCAUUUCCGCGACACUUCCUCCCGCAUGGAACUCCUCGAAGACGUCCUCAUGGCCGGCGAAGAAAGCGGCAGUGUGGAAAAUAUUCAAGAUGAUCUGUUCAGUGGACGACAGAUGCACAAGGGACCCAAAGGCAAACCUGGCGUUCGUCGUACUGCUGGCGCGCUCUCAGAAUACGCUGGUGGUAAGGAUAUGGCGUAUAUCGAGUAUAACAAGAGUAGAAACAAGGAACUCAAGAAGAACAAGCCGACGAGUAAGUUCUUCAAGGAUAUCCAGAGGACGAAUGAGAAGAGAAAAGCGGCCAAGGACAUGUGA